CCAUUCUUAGUCUAACCCAAACCCAAUAGCUCCUCCCACCUCACCAAACGCAUCCCGCCAUUACCAGACACUCUCCCUCGCUCUGCAAUAAUGCCGGUGACCAUACGUCGCCUUCUCACCGCCACUCUCAGAACCCCGAAUAUUCUCUCUCAUCCACGCCCAGCUCUCUCCUCUCGCCAAGUAAUCCCCCAAUGCUCAUUUCCGCUCACCCACCCGUCACUCUACCACCGCCUCCUGUCCUCCUCAUCCACCGAAAACCCUAACCCUCCAAACCCGCUCAGAACCCGAACCCCACUAGAAAAGCAAUUCGAGACAUGGGUCCAUAAGCUCAAACCCGGGUUCGGGCCACUCGAAGUCAAGGAGGCCCUGCAAGCCCAAUCGGACCCGGAUCUCGCCCUCGACAUUUUCCGGUGGACUGCCCAGCAGCGCAACUACAAGCACAACCAGGCCACCUACCUCACCAUGGUCAAAAUCCUAAUCAACGGCAAGAGAUUCCGGCAGGCCGAAACCCUAGUGGAAGAGGUAAUCGCCGGAGCUUGUGAAAUUAGCGUGCCUCUUUAUAAUUCCAUGAUUCGAUUUUGCUGCGGAAGAAAGAUGCUUUUCAAUCGUGCGUUUGAUAUUUAUAAGAAAAUGUUGAACUCUGAGGAUUGUAAACCCAAUCUUGAAACUUAUGCUCUGCUAUUGAACUCAUUGCUUAGGAGGUUUAAUAAUAUGCAUGUGUGCUUUGUGUACCUGCGUGCCGUGCGGUCUUUAUCGAAGCAAAUGAAGGCAUGUGGAGUGAUUCCUGAUACUUUUGUGUUGAAUAUGAUCAUAAAGGCUUAUUCAAAGUGUUUGGAAGUUGAAGAUGCAAUGCAGGUUUUUCGCGAAAUGGGAUUGUAUGGAUGUGAGCCGAAUGCGUAUACUUAUGGUUACAUUGCUAAAGGGUUGUGUGAGAAGGGGAGGGUAGGUCAGGGUUUAGGGUUUUAUAAGGAGAUGAGAGGAAAAGGGUUGGUGCCUACCAGUAGUACAUAUAUGAUUGUGAUUUGCAGUCUUGCUAUGGAACGGAGAUAUGAUGAUGCGAGUCAGGUUGUGCUUGAUAUGUUGAGUAAUUCCAUGUCUCCUGAUUUGUUAACUUAUAAAACGUUAUUGGAAGGAUUGUGCCGGGAUGGGAAGGGUUCCGAGGCGUUUGAUCUACUAGAGGAGUUCAGGAAAGGGGAUAGUAAGAUGGGUGAAAAAACUUACAAGACUUUGUUAAAUGCAUUGCAUUUUGUAAAUGGGGAAUAAUUCAAUACUGGUCCUUUGAGUUCAGUUCAAAUCGUAUAUACCCUAUCCUUGGUUGGAUUCAUAUAUGAGAUUUGAAAUCUUCAAAUAUCAUAUGAGAUGCCCAGUUUUGAUGAUAUGGGCGAUGCACAUUGGAUGUAAUAAUGUGACUUUGGCUGAAGAUGUAUUAGCAUUUAUGUUCUGCUAUGCGUUUUGGCGGCUCUCUUGAAUCAAUAUUCAAGGAUGAGUUGGGAUUGCUCAGAAUGUUAUGGAGGUUAGUUUCUGCAUUUCCAGGAUACAUUAGAAUCGAGGAGAGUAGAGUUUCCUUCUUUUGAUUGCAGUGUAAGAUUGAUACUUGGAAAUCAAACCCAGAGGAUGGCAUUUAUUCAGGUAGACACUAUACUUGUCUAUCUAAUAUGGUCAUGCUACUGAGAUUUGGGAUGUUAUAAGAAGUUGGUUGUAGAACCUUGCAUGGCUUGAAGUUUUGUUGAUCAGUUUUUUAUUCCCUGAAGAGGAUGUUUGUAAGUUUUUUUAUUUUGUUUGACUGAGUUAACAAAAGAGUGUGUAAUCAGCCACAGAUCUUGCCCUUUUAUGAAAGUCCUCAUUUUUAGGUCCUUAGGUGAGCGGGAUUGUAUAUUUCUAACUGAAGUUUACAUCUUUGUUAAGACUUGUCCUUGGCUAAGAGAUGCCCUUACUUCCGAAUAUUCAAUAGCACAGUUUAAUUGAAAUGAAAACACAUGAUUGAUUUAAA